UAGCGUUCUCCAGCCACAGAUUUAGAUUCUGAGGAGAGGGAAUGUUCUGAGCUGAAGAAAUGACAUUAACCAAAAGAGGUUGAGAAACUCCAAAAAUGGAUGGGAGAAACGAAAGGAAGGGACUUCGCCGAAUCAAGAGACCGUGCCGUGGUGUCUGGAUAAGAAGUGGGAGGAGGAUGGCGGGAGCGGACUCAGAUGUUAGUAGGCAGGAAGAGGCGGAAGGAGAGCUCAGUGAAGGAGAACACUGGUAUGGAAACUCCUCAGAGACUCCGUCGGAAGCGUCCUAUGGCGAAGUCCAGGAGAACUAUAAGUUGUCUCUGGAGGACCGGAUCCAGGAGCAGUCCACCUCCCCCGACACCUCCUUGGGAAGUGCCACUCCCAGCAGUCACACGUUGGAGCUGGUGGCUCUGGACAGUGAGGUCCUACGCGACUCACUGCAGUGUCAAGAUCACCUUUCCCCGGGAGUGUCUUCGUUGUGUGAAGAUGACCCCCCAGGUUCCAACAAGCCCCUGCGCAGCAACUUGAGGCGGCUGCUGGAGGCCGGGUCCCUCAAACUCGAUGCCACAGCCACUGCCAACGGCAGGGUGGAGUCCCCUGUAAACGUUGGCUCAAAUCUAUCCUUUUCCCCACCAUCCCACCAUGCCCAGCAGCUCAGUGUUCUGGCCAGGAAGUUGGCUGAGAAGCAGGAACAGAACGACCAAUACACUCCAAGUAACCGUUUUAUAUGGAAUCAAGGUAAGUGGUUGCCGAACUCAACCACCACCUGCAGCUUGUCCCCGGAUUCAGCCAUCCUCAAACUGAAAGCUGCAGCCAAUGCCGUUCUGCAGGACAAAUCUCUCACCAGGACUGAGGAGACCAUGCGAUUUGAGUCCUUUUCCUCCCCCUUUAGCUCCCAGUCUGCCAGUUCGACCUUGGCGGCUUUGUCCAAGAAAGUCAGUGAGAGAAGUUUGACUCCUGGGCAGGAGCACCCGCCCCCGGCCAGCUCUUUCCUUUCCCUGGCUUCUAUGACCUCCUCAGCAGCUCUUCUGAAGGAGGUAGCUGCAAGGGCUGCCGGGAGCCUCCUGGCUGAGAAAUCGUCACUGUUGCCUGAGGAUCCUCUGCCACCACCGCCUUCAGAGAAGAAGCCAGAAAAAGUAACCCCGCCACCUCCACCACCACCUCCACCUCCGCCACCGCCACAGUCCUUGGAAUUAUUGUUACUCCCGGUUCCUAAGGGAAGAGUUUCUAAACCCUCCAAUUCAGCCUCAGAAGAAGAAAGCGGAAAGCCUUUCCAGUGUCCAAUAUGUGGUUUGGUUAUAAAAAGGAAGAGUUACUGGAAGCGGCACAUGGUGAUUCACACAGGUUUAAAAAGUCAUCAGUGUCCGCUCUGUCCAUUCCGGUGUGCUCGCAAGGACAAUCUCAAAUCCCACAUGAAGGUUCAUCAGCACCAGGACCGGGGAGAGACCUUUCAGUGCCAGCUAUGCCCUUUCACUUCCUCACGCCACUUCAGCCUGAAACUGCACAUGCGUUGCCAUCAGCACUUCCUGAGGACAGAAGCCAAGGUGAAGGAGGAGAUCCCAGACCCAGAUGUCAAGGGAUCUCCCCACCUCAGUGACAGUGCCUGCCUGGGGCAGCAGAGGGAAGGAGGAGGGACAGAGCUAGUGGGGACCAUGAUGACGUCUAACACUCCAGAGAGGACUAGCCAGGGUGGGGCUGGCGUCUCGCCUGUGCUGGUGAAGGAGGAACCCAAGGAAGAUAACGGCCUGCCCACCUCCUUUGCCCUGAAUGCUGCUGACAGGCCCGCCAACCACACAAAGCUGAAAGACCCCUCCGAGUAUGUGGCCAACAGUGCGGCAGCAUUGUUCAGCCAGGACAUCUCUGUUAAGAUGGCGUCCGAUUUUCUCAUGAAGCUGUCAGCUGCAAAUCAGAAGGAGCCCAUCAAUCUUAACUUUAAAGUGAAAGAGGAGCCUAAGGACGAGGAGGCCCUAAGCACGACUUUGCCUCGGCCCAGCUACGUGUUCACCCCGGAAUCCGAAGUGUCAGCCCCAAGCAUCUCUGAGGACACACUUAAACCCCAGGAAGGGAAAGGGAAUGUGCUAGGGCGGGAUAUGUCGGUCAAAGCGGCAUCUGAACUGCUCAUGAAACUCUCAGCGGAAAGCUACAAAGAAACUCAGAUGGUGAAGAUCAAAGAGGAACCCAUGGAAGUGGACAUCCAGGACUCCCAUGUCUCCAUAUCACCCAGCCGGAACGUUGGCUACAGCACUUUAAUCGGGCGCGAAAAAACCGAACCGUUACAGAAGAUGCCAGAGGGCAGAGUACCGCCAGAGAGAAACCUCUUCAGCCAGGAUAUCUCCGUGAAGAUGGCUUCCGAGCUUCUCUUCCAACUAUCAGAGAAAGUGAGCAAAGAGCACAAUCAUACAAAAGAAAAUACCAUCCGGACAACCACCAGCCCUUUCUUUUCAGAAGAUACAUUUAGACAAUCACCAUUCACCUCCAAUUCAAAAGAUCUGCUGCCCAGCGAGUCUGUGCUUCACGGAAGGAUAGCGACUCCAGAAACAGAAAGGAUAGUGCUAGAGGCAGGAAAUGGAUUGCCCUCCUGGAAAUUCAAUGACCAGCUUUUCCCCUGUGAUGUGUGUGGGAAAGUCUUUGGCCGACAGCAGACAUUGUCCCGACAUCUCUCGCUGCACACAGACGAAAGAAAAUACAAAUGCCACUUGUGCCCCUAUGCUGCUAAGUGCCGUGCAAAUCUGAACCAGCACCUGACCGUCCAUUCCGUGAAGCUGGUGAGUACAGACACCGAGGACAUCGUCAGCGCCGUCACCUCCGAAGGCAGCGACGGGAAGAAGCACCCGUAUUAUUACAGCUGUCACGUGUGUGGGUUUGAGACUGAGCUCAAUGUCCAGUUUGUCAGCCACAUGUCACUCCACGUGGACAAGGAGCAGUGGAUGUUUUCCAUCUGCUGCACGGCCUGCGACUUUGUCACCAUGGAGGAAGCAGAGAUCAAGACUCACAUAGGCACCAAGCACACAGGGGAAGACAGGAAGACCCCCAGCGAAUCAAAUAGCCCCUCUUCAUCUUCACUAUCAGCUCUGAGUGAUUCAGCCAACAGCAAAGACGAUUCUGAUGGCUCCCAGAAAAACAAGGGUGGGAACAACUUGCUGGUCAUCUCUGUUGUACCUGGGAGUCAGCCCUCAUUGAGCAGUGAAGAAAAGCCAGAGAAAGGGUUCGAAUGCGUUUUUUGCAACUUUGUCUGCAAGACGAAGAACAUGUUUGAGCGCCAUCUGCAGAUACACCUCAUUACCCGGAUGUUUGAGUGUGACGUGUGCCACAAGUUCAUGAAGACCCCUGAACAGCUGCUGGAGCAUAAGAAAUGCCACACUGUCCCCACCGGUGGGCUCAAGUGCCCAUUCUGCAUUUAUUCCACCAACCGCCCCGCCGCCAUGGAGUGCCACCUCAAGACCCACUACAAGAUGGAGUACAAGUGCCGGAUCUGCCAGACGGUGAAGGCCAACCAGCUGGAGCUGGAGACGCACACCCGGGAGCACCGCCUGGGCAACCACUACAAGUGCGACCAGUGCGGCUACCUGUCCAAGACCGCCAACAAGCUCAUCGAGCACGUGCGCGUGCACACCGGGGAGCGGCCCUUCCACUGUGACCAGUGCAGCUACAGCUGCAAGCGCAAGGACAAUCUCAACCUGCACAAGAAGCUGAAGCACGCCCCACGCCAGACCUUCAGCUGCGAAGAGUGCCUGUUCAAGACCACCCACCCCUUCGUCUUCAGCCGCCACGUCAAGAAGCACCAGAGCGGGGACUUCCCCGAGGAGGACAGGAAGGGCCUGUGUCCAGCCCCCAAGGAAGCGGCCGGCCCCCGGGCCCCGCUCCUAGUCGUUGGGAGCUCUCGGAACCUCUUGUCUCCGCUGUCGGUCAUGUCGGCCUCGCAGGCUCUGCAGACCGUGGCGCUGUCGGCCGCGCACGGCAGCUGCUCGGAGCCUAACCUGGCACUCAAGGCUCUGGCCUUCAACGGCUCCCCUUUGCGCUUUGACAAGUACCGGAACUCGGAUUUUGCCCAUCUCAUUCCCUUGACAAUGUUGUACCCCAAGAACCACUUGGAGCUCACAUUCCACCCUCCCCGACCUCAGACUGCGCCUCCCAGCAUCCCUUCACCCAAACACUCCUUCCUCGCCUAUCUGGGACUAAGAGAAAGAGCAGGGACUGUCUGAGGGCAGCCCUGUUCUGUACCAAAAACAAAGAGACUGAGAAAAAAAAAAAAACACAAAACUUAAAUACAACCCCAGCAGGUAUAUGUUGCUGCAAAACCUACAGACCCCGCGGGUCUGGACCACGUGUACUGUAUAUCUUAGUAAGGAUAGAGGGUUGGCUCUGUGUGUAUACCUAUCGCAUUGACCUGAAAGCUGCUUUAUCCAAUCUUCAGAGAGGUGACCUACUGCAUACUUCUACCUUCAGAGGCAUGCCUCCCCAGCCACCCACCACACUCGCAGCCCCUUCUCCGUACUUUCCUCCGAAAGGAAUUUUGUCUUGUUCAACCCUAAAGAGAGUGUCCUUAAUAGCAAUCAGCACUUGUAAGCUUCGAUACUGGUGCAUUUGGUUUUCUGUUGGGUGAAUGGGGUGUGUGGGUGAUUGCGGGUUCUGAAAGAGAAAGCUGUGUGUCGUGGGCCAUGGCAUGUCCAUUGCAUGUUCUGUGUCCUGGCUUCUUUAACAGCGAUGGACAUGCUUUUCCCUCCUGGGUUGUUCGUCCACUACAGUCUCUCCCUGAGCACCUUCAUCUUCCCUCUUUAUUUUACGGCUACAGAGUGGUAGGGCCUGGUGCUCAGUCAAGGAAGGAAUGGUAGAUGUCUACAGUGCUGCUGGAGAUUUCCGACGGAGUGCCGGAGACCUUGCACAGAGAUCUCUGGUCGUGAGGAUGCGAGGACUCGAGUGACAGGUCUGGAAGAAAUAUCUUGCAGCACUGCAGUUAACAUCACAAAACCCAAGCGAGUUUUGUGUGAGUGUGUGUGUGCCCAUACGUAGACAAUGUGUAUGGGGCAUAUGCACAGUGCAUCAUUUUUUAA